AUGGCAAAAUAUCUAUUCAAAUUCGAGUAUUUACCAAAUGAAUUAAUUAUGAAGAUGUUUAAGUAUUUUGAUGCUCAUGAUCUAUAUAAUGCUUUUUAUAAUCUUAAUCAUCGUUUCAAUACAUUACUACAAACUGUCAAGUAUCUUUCACUUAAUAUUUCUUCAAAAGAACAUAUUGAACAAAAUUAUCUUCAAGUUAUGGCUCCCUACAUUUAUACAUUGACAAUUACUCAAUCGAUGAAUGUCAAUCUCAUUCAUUUUAUAGAAUUACGUCGGCUGAGUUUGGUGAACCCAACUGCUGAACUCAUUUCACAGUUUGAUACUUCUAUUGUACCUUAUUUAGAAUAUCUAUCAGUAAACUGCGAAGCGCUAACAUAUUACAUGCCUGAUUUUAUUAGAAAAAUUUUUUCUAAUCAUUUUCGUAAUUUGAGAUCUUGUCAUCUAGUCGGUGUGGAACCAAUAUAUACAAGUGAAGGAUGGACACAAUCACCAUCAAUUCGUAUUUUAAAAGUUGGGUUUAUUGAUUUAUUUAUUUAUCAAGCCAUUCUAUUGGCAUGCCCAAAUUUAUAUUUUCUUGAUUUGGAAACAUCUUUCUCAACCAAUACAUUUUCACAUAGUCAGUCAUACAUGAAUCUUAAAAGAUUGAAUAUAAAAUUCCCAUUUAAAAUGUGGCCAAGAAAUGAGCAUGUUAUUGGUGUUUUUUUCGCAUGUUUACCCAAUCUUGAACAACUUACUAUUCAUCGAGUGGAUGAACUAUCGUUAAGUAUACCACCUCUUGUUAACUAUGACUGGCUUGCAUCUAAAAUCUCUUUGUAUCUACCAUCACUUCGUCAAUUCACGUUUAAUCUUCAUUUCUGUCGUAAAGAUAGACGUUUUGAAUUAGCUCCAGACAAUGUUCUUAAUCAAUUGCAGGAAAACUUCAAAAACGUACAUAAUAAUCUAUAUCAAUCACGACUUGUUAUUGAUUCAUUCGAUCCAUAA